UGGAUCGUGGCGCCCAGAAUGCUCCCGACUCUGUUGCACGACCUCUUCCUAACCAAGCAGCGUGGCGUCGUCUCGUGCCCCGAGACGCACGAGCCCGUCUUGGGGCCACUCCGCCCCCGCGCGCGCUCGACCGACGGCCUCCGCAUGGCCACGUGGGACCAGAAGCGCCAGACCUGCUUCAACUGCAAACACGUCUUUCUCAAGAGCCUCAGCACGACGCCCGACUACUGUUCCGUCGAUUGCAAGUCCAACGCGCUGUACCUCCUCGCCGUGAGCCAGACGAUCCGCGCAGUCAAGGAGGCUGCCGCCGAGUCCACCAAGGCGACACACAGCGAGACCAAAACGCCGAGCCGGUCGUUGCUGCUGCUGUCGCCACAGAUGCGGAGCUCAUGA